AAAGCGCCCAGGAAAUUUCCCGCUCCUCAGAGCGGGUCGAGGAGAAGCCACGAUGCUGAGCAGAGCAGGACCAGUCCGACUUGACCCAACGUGAAUUUACGGAGAGGAAGAUGUCGUCGUCUCUUCGUAUCCUUCUGAUCGGUAACGGCGGCCGCGAGCACGCGCUGGCGUGGAAGCUGGCGCAGUCGCCGCUGGUGGAGGCGAUCAUCGCCGUGCCGGGCAACGGAGGCACUGCUCGCGUGCCCAAAGUCACCAACGACACCACCGUCGCCGCUGACGACUAUCCGGGCCUCGUCGCCCUCGCCCAGAAGAAUGCCGUCAACCUCGUGGUUCCCGGCCCCGAGGCGCCGCUCGUCGACGGCGUCGAGGGCUUCUUCCGCGCCGCCGGCAUCCCCGUCUUCGGCCCGUCCAAGGAGGCCGCGCGCAUGGAGGGCAGCAAAACCUUCGCCAAGGACUUCAUGAAGAAGCACGGCAUCCCGACCGCCGCCUACGAGAACUUCUCCGACUACGACGCCGCCUGCCAGUACCUGCGGACCGUGACCCACAACGUCGUGAUCAAGGCCACCGGCCUGGCCGCCGGCAAGGGCGUCAUCAUUCCGCAGACGCAGGAGGAGGCCCUGCAGGCCCUCAAGGAGAUCAUGCUGGACAAGGCCUUCGGCUCGGCCGGCGACGAGGUCGUCAUUGAGGAGUUUCUCACGGGCGACGAGCUAAGCAUCUUGUCGUUCUGCGACGGCACCACCAUCAAGUCGCUGCCGCCCGCCCAGGACCACAAGCGCAUCGGCGAGGGCGACACGGGCCCCAACACGGGCGGCAUGGGCUGCUACGCGCCGACGAAGCUGGCCACGCCGCAGCUGAUCGCCCGCAUCGAGCGAGAGAUACUCCAGCCCACCAUCGACGGCAUGCGCAAGGACGGCUUCCCCUUCCGCGGCUGUCUCUUCACCGGCCUGAUGAUUGCCCCUGACGGCACCCCCAAGGUGCUCGAGUACAACGUGCGCUUUGGCGACCCCGAGACGCAGACGGUGCUCCCUCUGCUCGAGUCCGACUUGGCCAAGAUCAUGUACGCCUGCGCCGGGCCCGUCCCUUACCUCGAGGACAUCCCGGUCAAGGUCUCGUCCAAGUUCAGUGCGACCGUGGUCGUCGCCGCCCCGGGCUACCCGGCGUCCUACCCCAAGAACAUCCCCAUGCGGGUUGCCGACACGCCUGGGGACGUCACCCUCUUCCACGCCGGCACGAAGCUCUCGGGCGACGCGCUGCUGACUUCGGGCGGCCGCGUCAUCGCCGCCAACGCCGUCGGCGACUCUCUGCGGACCGCCGUCGACAAGGCCUACGAGGGCGUCCAGCUGAUUAACUUUGAGGGCAUGUACUACCGCAGGGACAUCGCCCACCGCGCCUUCCGCACCGCCGAAGCCUCCGUCAAGCUCACUUACGCGCAGGCCGGCGUGAGCAUCGAUGCCGGCAACGAGCUCGUCGACCGCAUCAAGGCCGCUGUCGCCUCGACCCGCCGGCCAGGCGCUGACGCCAUCAUCGGCGGCUUCGGCGGCGAAGUUGACUUGUCCGCCGCCGGGCACCCUGGCGCGCCCGUCAUCGUCGGCGCCAUCGACGGCGUCGGCACCAAGCUGAUCAUCGCGCAGACGAUGAACAAGCACGACACGGUCGGCAUCGACCUCGUCGCCAUGAACGUCAACGACCUCGUCGUCCAGGGCGCCGAGCCCAUCAUGUUCCUCGACUACUAUGGCUGCUCCCGCCUCGACGUCUCCGUCGCCACCUCCUUCGUCGAGGGCGUCGCCAAGGGCUGCAUCCAAGCCGGCUGCGCCCUCGUCGGCGGCGAGACCGCCGAGAUGCCGGACCUCUACACGGGCGACGACUACGACGCCGCCGGCGCCGCCAUCGGCGUCAUGCGGCCCUCCCAGCGCCUGCCGCGCAAGGACGCCAUGCGGCCGGGCGACGUCCUGCUCGGCCUCGCCUCCUCGGGCGUGCACUCGAACGGCUUCUCGCUCGUCCGCCGCAUCGUCGCCGCCCGCGGCCUGCGCUACGCCGACCCCUGCCCCUGGCAGCCCGGCACCUCGCUCGGCGACGCCCUGCUCACCCCGACCCGCAUCUACGUCCGCCCGCUGCUCGCCGCCCUCGCCGCCACCGCCGACGCCGUCCGCGGCAUGGCCCACAUCACCGGCGGCGGCCUCGUCGAGAACGUCCCGCGCAUGCUGCCGCCCCACCUCGCUGCCGAGAUUGACGUCGCCGCCUGGCCGCGGCCCCCCGUCUUCGCCUGGCUCGGCCGCGACGUCGAGCCCAGCGAGAUGGCCCGCGCGUUCAACAACGGUUUGGGCAUGGUGCUGGCCGUCGACGCCGCGCGCGCGGACGAGGUCGCGCGCGUGCUGGAGCGCGAGGGCGAGACGGUGUUCACUGUCGGUCGGCUUGUCGAGAGGGCGCAGGGUGGGGAGGGGUGUGUGCUCAAGGGGUUGGAAAGGUGGGCUGCGUAGCUUGCUAGCUGUUUUCUGAUGGGGGUGGGUGAGUGAUGGUGCCGGCGUGUGUUUGGGGCUUGGCCGGGGUUGGGUGAGGAUAGAUAGAUGUGUUUGGUUGAGGUGGGUGAGGCAGCGGCGCGUAAAAUGAGAUAUAAAAAUACAAUAGACAGACAUCGAGAUCCUUGUUCUCUUUUGUGUAUCUUGUUGAGAGGGAGGGCUCCAUCACCGUGUUGUGUUUAUGCAUGCUUUGACGCCAAGGCGCAUUGCUCUCUAUGAUAGAUAUCUCACUAGUUCAAGGGAUCUAUGAUAGAUACCUCACCAGUUCAAAGGAGAAGAAAGGCGGGCAGAAGGACGGUGCUCGCCUCUCUUGUCUCAUCUCUUCCCCACCGUCAUAAACCAUACACAUCAGCGAGUACGAGUAUGAUCGAGAGAGGAUCUUGAGAGG